AUGUUUUUUGAAAAUAAACGAGUUGCGGUUAUUGGAGCAGGUCCUUGUGGUUUGACAGCAGCUAGACAAGCACAGCAAUAUGGCCAUGAUGUUUGUAUUUUUGAUAGACAACAAAAUAUUGGAGGUGUUUGGCAAAUGGCAUUGGAUCCAAAUGCUGAAAGGCAACCAAUUCCACCAUUUAGUUCAUUAAUAACUUCAAGAAUAUGUUCAUUUAGUGAAUUUCCAAUUCCUGAAGAUUUUCCUUUAUUUUUACGUCCAAGUGAUGUUAUUGUUUAUUUAAAGAGAUAUAUGAAGAAAUUUUGUCAUUGGUUAAUUACUUGGUUAGAUUUAAAAACAAAUAAAAUAUUUGAAGAAGAAUUUGAUGCUGUACUUAUUUGUACUGGAAUGCACCCUAAAAGUUGGCGACCACCUGAAUGGAGACUUGAAAAACGAUUUAAAGGACAAAUAAUACAUUCUGAUAAAAUUGGUGAUUUAAAUAAAUUUUAUAAUAAAAAUAUUUGUUUGGUUGGAUUUGGAUAUUCUGCUGUAGAAAUAGCAACAGCUCUUGCUCCUAUAGCCAGACAGGUUUUAUUGUCAGCCCGUCGUGGUGGUUGGCUUUUAAACAAAUUUUGUAAGGAAGGAAAAUCUUUUUGUGAUCAUUUUAAUACUCGAUGGAAUUCAUUAAUUCGACAAUUUAUUCCCAAAUUUUUGAGAAGUAAAUUUGCACAAAAUACGAGCAAUUCAUUAUCUUUGCUUCCUGUUCAUCCAAUAAAAGGGGCUGGUUAUUGCCCUGUUCAUAAUUUAUUUAGGUUUUUGAAAGCCAAUUUUUCUUUAAUUUCAAAAUUUUUUAGUACUCAAUUAGGAUUUGGUACAGAAUUGUCUUUACAUUUUGCAACAGGAAAUGUCCGGAUUAAGCCAGAUAUUUGGUCUUUAUCUGAUGGAAAUGAAGUUGAAUUUGUUGAUGGAACUAUUGAAAAGGAAAUUGAUUAUAUUAUUCUUUGUACUGGAUAUGAAUUUAAUUUUGAAUUUGUUGAAAAUGGAAAAUUAAUAGCUACACAUCACAAUGACUUUCAUUUGGUGAAUUUUCUUUUAUUAUCACUAAAAAUAUAA